UCGGCCCCGGGGAAGAUGGCGGCGGUAGCGCGGUGGUGGCGGGCUGGGCUCCCGGGGCUGCUGCUGCUGGGGGCGCGCGCCGAGCAGACCGAGGAGCACCUGAAACGGGAGCACUCGCUCACCAAGCCCUACCAGGGUGUUGGAUCUUCCAGCUCCUCUCUCUGGGACCUUAUGGGCAAUGCCAUGGUCACGACUCAGUACGUCCGCCUCACACCAGACAUGCAGAGCAAACAGGGGGCCGUGUGGAACAGAGUGCCUUGUUACCUGAGAGACUGGGAGAUGCAGGUCCAUUUUAAAAUCCACGGGCAAGGCAAGAAGAACCUGAAUGGGGAUGGCUUUGCCAUCUGGUACACCAAGGAUCGCAUGCAGCCAGGGCCCGUGUUUGGGAACAAGGAUCACUUUCUGGGGCUGGGGGUGUUUGUAGACACCUACCCCAAUGAGGAGAAGCAGCAGGAGGCUCAGAAGAGGCGGUAUACCCCUGGAAAUCAGCGCGUGUUCCCCUACAUCUCCGCCAUGGUGAACAAUGGCUCUCUCACCUACGACCAUGACCGGGAUGGACGGCCCACGGAGCUCGGCGGCUGCACAGCCAUGGUGCGCAAUCUGAACCACGACACCUUCCUCGUGAUCCGCUAUGUCAAAAGGAGGCUGACGAUCAUGAUUGACAUUGAUGGCAAGCACGAGUGGCGGGACUGUAUUGACAUGCCGGGGGUCCACCUGCCACGGGGAUACUUCUUUGGGACCUCUUCAGUCACUGGAGACCUCUCAGAUAACCAUGACAUCAUUUCUCUGAAACUCUACCAGCUGACAGUUGAGCGGAGCCCAGAGGAGGAGAAGCGGGAUAAAGAGGUGUUUCUGCCCAUUGUGGACAACAUGAAACUGCCCGGAGUGGAGGCCCCAGUGGAACCCAUGAGUGGCCUGGCCCUGUUCUUAAUUGUGUUCUUCUCGCUGGUCGCCCUGGUGUUUGCCAUUGUCAUCGGAGUCAUUGUCUACAACAAAUGGCAGGAACAGAGCCGGAAACGCUUCUACUGACCUUGGUGCCUUCCCUGCCCCUUGCCUCGGCAGACUAGCCGCUCUGCUGGAGUGGGCUGGCACAGAUGCCAGAGGCUAGCUGAAGAGAAGCCCUUGCCUGCUCAGCCCAGACUUUCCAGAGCCCCUUCAGAUGACUGCUACUUUGCUGGCCCCCAUGGGGACCGCUGCUGUGUCUCUUCGUACUCUAGGGUUCCCAGCAGGAGUGGAUGUCCUGGAUCAUGUGGGGAGCACACUUCGUGUGACAUGUCAUGCAACAGGGAGACCUAACCCCCCUGACUCUCUGGAGGUUGGUGCAGUGACAGAUGGCCCGUCCCCCAGCAGCUCUUGCUUUGCAGGGUGUUUAGAGGAUGCUUGGGGCGGGUGGAGCUGAAUGUUGUAUUGUGUCCGUGUUGGUGAGCCUUACGUGUGCUAUCUGGGGAUGUCCCACAGCCUAGCUAGGAGCCAGGCGCUGAAGACUGUAAAAUCCUAGAAAAGCUCCUUUUGGCUUAAGGGUGAAACUUGGCCAAACAAAACACUUGUAGCUGAGAAGAGUAGUGCUGGCCCCUGCCUGG